AUGAACUGUAUAAGUCAAAAUUGGUAUCAAAUAGAAAAUAAUCUAUUAUCUCAAAUACAACAAGAACAAUUUCAACAACAACAACAAUUUCAACAACAACAAUUUCAACAACGACAAGAACAAUUACAAGAAAGCCAAGAAUCAUUUAUCCAAAUCUGUCAAAAUCAAGAUUGGCAAUCAAUAAAUGACUUUAAUAAUAAUUAUAUAAAUACCAAUCCAACAAUAAACAUGGAUUUAGGAUACAAUCCAGACUAUAUUCAUUACGAAUAUCUGGUUGAAGAAAUAAAAACACCAGAGGAAAUAUGUUAUGAGCCAGCUAUCUUGGAGACUACCGAGGUAGUAGUAGUAGAAGAUGGAGCUCCUCAGAUUACUUUGGAUAUGUCAGACUUUCUUCACACACAAGCACAGGUUUGCCAAAAGUAUGGUAUUGAAUCAUCCAAUCUUAGCAAGAAAUUCCGUAGAUAUGCCCUCGAUAGAUAUAAAACGAUGGUAAAUAGAGUUGGAGACUACAAAAAGAAUAACAAAAAGAUGUUAUUAUUACAUAAUCGAUAUAUUAGACCAAUACUAUUCAAUUCUAUCUAUGAAAUCAAUAGAAUUAUAAAUAAUGAUAAUGUUAAAUAUUUAACUUAUGAUGACCUUACUAUCGAUUGGUCAUCGCAAAAUGGUGGUGCCAACCUUAUGGAGAAUAUGAUUACCAAGCUAAAGAGAAUGUAUCCACUGCAAACCAUCUCUUUUAUCUUUAAGAACCGAUUGACUGUUUGGAUACAAUCGAUCUGCCAAAAUCAUGAUGAAGAUCUAUCAGUUUCCGUUGAAAAGGUCUGUUGUACGAUGGACUUUGUAUUGGUGUUGGACUUUGCACGUGCCCACAAGAUUGCCAUUCAUAAGUCCUAUUUCUCAGUGGCGAUGGUCAAUGCAUCGAAAUACGGACAACUCGAAUACAUCAAGUAUCUCGCCAAAAAUGGAAAGCAACCGCAGUUCAACCAGGCCGAAGGCAAACUACUGAUGGAUCACGCUGCCAACUACCAAGUCAUCAAUGCAGGCGAUCUACAGGCGAUCCGCUAUCUGUUUGACCAAAAACUAAUCACCAGAGCAUCACCACAGGCUCUCUUUAAUGCCGCGGUCAACGGUUAUGUUGAAGUAAUAAAGUAUCUGGUGGAUGUUCACCAGCUAGAAUGUAUGCCAAAUACAAUCGAUGCUAUUGUUACAGCUGGUCAUCUAGAGGCUGCCAGGUAUCUCUAUUCAAGGUUUCCAGACAACUACAAUGAAUCGUCACUCUACUCGUUAAAGACUGAUGAUGUAGAGUUGUUUUACUUUCUCUAUCAAAUCAGAAAGAAAGAAUGGACCAAACGACUACUGGAGAAUACCAUAGCAAGGGAUAUGGAGAGAUGCUCUUCGUUUGUCAUUCAAAAAUAUCCAGAGCUACUGACUGACGACCUGCUCUACACUGGUAAUAUCUACUUUUUACACACCAAUACAUGGAUACAGUUAUUCUUGAAGUCUCUGGACGCUGCUGGUGGCGGUGCCAAGUCCAUACCGGAAAGAUGGCAUGAAGUUAUAUGGCUCGAUGCCGUAAAGUACAAUUGGAUCAACGUUUUAGAGAUGCUCGAGAAACACAGAGUUCCAGGUGUCAGUGCCAAAUGUAUUGACUCUUCAAUGGAGUUGGAACCCAGCCAACUACAACAACCCACUCUUGUCUCCAAGAGAAUGGAAAUCGUUCAUCAUCUCUACCGACAUCAUCUAGAGUUGUUUAGCUUCCAAACAUUCCAGAAUGCAAUACACUUUGGUUUCAAAGAGGCGGUACUCUUCCUUCUAGAGAACGAUACCAUAUAUAAAUACUUGGCUGAACUAAGUGUAGAGGUAGUCAACUAUGCAUGCAAAGCAUCCAUCUACGAAGUACUGAACCAAUAUUAUUUGGCCGAGCAAAUCACAGAGGACAACAUUGUACAACUUUUGCCAUCGGUCGCUUCCAGUGGUAACCUCGUUAUCAUUGAAUCAUUUAUCGCUCUAAUCAAACCUCAUAUUGACGAUAACUUUUUAAAGUUGGUAUUGAGUGGUAACAACGGUAGCCAGCUCCAAGUCUUUAAGUUACUUGUCGAUCACAUCCAGCCAAAUAGAAUCGCCACUGCCGUCUCAUUGACCGUUCGACAUCUCCUACACAAUCCAGAAUUGGCAAUAAGCGUAAUAGAGCUACUUCUCCAAAAGGGUCAGUACUUACAAGGAAUCAAAGAUCUCUUGGCCGAUUGCAACAAUCACUCUGAUGAAGUGGCCGCUGUUCUUUCUAUAACAGUUCAAUGGAUCAUGGGAAGUAGAACCAUAAACCAAGAUGCACAUAUCAACUCACUUUGUACUGCCGGUCUACUCCCGCAACUCAAGUACUAUGUCGACAACUUUUGCACUCUUCCACAACAAAUGAUACCCCGAUAUGUGAUAGAUUCAUCACUAAAAGCCAAACAAUAUCAUAUUGUAAACUAUUUAUUGGAUCAUCCAAAGAUUAUGAAAUCACAACCAAACAUAAAUUUAAAUAAAUCUAAAUAA